UGGACACCUUGCAUCUGCACACAACAUCGAGGAGUACCGUGACAUUCAGGCGAUGAUAUCGAGGGGCACUCGUAAUCAAGGAGAAACAUGGAUUGGAGGGUCUGAUGCAGCACAGGAGGGAUUUUGGUUCUGGAGUGACGGUACGCCUUUCAGCUUUACUCCCUGGUGUCGUGGAGAGCCAAAUAACGGUGGUGGUCGUCAGCACUGUCUCUGAAUCAUUCAGAACGACUGAAGCUACAGACGCUGAGAAGGAAGAAGAGAAGAUCGUUCUGCAGCAGGUAAUCAUCAUCUUCAACAUCUGCAUCAUCUCCACCAUGAAGACGCUGACUCUGUCUGCACUUCUUUGUGCCAUGAUGGCUCUGACCAGAGCUGCUGUUCUUCCAGACGCAGAGGUUGUAAACUGGACUGACUCGCUCACUCCAACAGGAGAGAGUCAUGUUGUCAAGAUGUCCACAUCUUGCCCCGAGGGUUGGACUGAUUUCAACGAUCGCUGUUUCCUCUACGUUCCACGAUUCAUGACUUGGACUGCGGCUGAGAGAAACUGUAUAUCCAUGGGUGGAAACCUUGCAUCUGUACACAACAUCCAGGAGUACCAUCAGAUUCAGGCGAUGAUAUUGAGGGAAACUCAAAAUCAAGGAUUAGCAUGGAUUGGGGGAUCUGAUGCACAACAGGAGGGAGUUUGGUUCUGGAGUGACGGAAAGCCUUUCAACUUUUCUCACUGGUGUCCUGGAGAGCCUAGUAACGCUGGCGGUCGUCAGAACUGUCUGCAAAUGAAUUAUUCAGAUAAUAAAUGCUGGGACGACCAGCAAUGUGAUGUUGACCCAAUCCCAUCUGUCUGUGUCAGAAAUGGCUGUUAAACACAUGAAGAACGUGUCAAAAACACAAACACUGAUCAAUUUGUGUUUGUGUCCACCAGUCUCAUAUUUGACCUGAAGGCUUUAUAACUCAUACAAUGACAUCUUUAUUACUUCUCUAUCGCUGUAACGCUACUUAAGGAAUGAAGCGACAAGUGACAUAAACAGCAGCUGGAUUGUCUCUGUCUCUUUAAUACGAGCAGACUGAAUGUGUAAUGAAAAGAAAGCUUUUAGCACAACUUUAUUCUGCAGAACUGUCUGAACU